AGCGGUAAAAAAUUCACAGAGAGCGAUCAUCUUCCACGCCUCUCGCCUCUCGCCUCACGCUCACGACUCCUGACUCACGAGACACGACUCAAGUUUUGAUCAUCAUCUUCCUCUCAUCUCACUCGAGUCACGCUGCUGCUGCACUUCAUCAACCGAAUGACUUCAAUGGCGGGUAAGGCGGGUUCUUCAAAGAACGGGUCAGAAGACCCGGUUAGGAAAUAUACAAUACAAGAUCCGAAUAAUAAAAUCAGCUUUACAUGCUCUUUUUGUGGACAAACAUUUAAGGGAGGUGUGUUUCGGAUCAAACUGCAUAUGAUUGGUGGUUUUAAGGAUGCUCGUAAAUGUCCAAACUGUCCGGAGCAUGUGCGGGAAGAAUUAAAUGUGUUCAUGAUGAAGAAACAAACGGCAAAGGCAGAACAACAUAUGCAAGCAAAAAACUGGAUGCACCAACAACAAGAUGAUGAAUACGAUGGUGAAGAAGAAGAUGUUGAAAUAGGCGGUCGUAGUAGCAAGAUGCCCCCACCCAAAAAACCAAGGCAAAAAGGUCCUAUGGACAUGUACUUCACUCCUAAUCCUCGAGAAGCAAUCAAAGCUAGGAAGGAAGGGAGACAACAAACCAUCAAUGAAACAUGUCGAAAGGACCUUAGGGAUAAAGUUUGUCAUGAGAUUGGGAGGUGGUUUUACGAUGCAGGUAUUAUAAAUAAUUAAAUAUUUAAUGUUUUUUGAGUUUUAAGUUGCUGGAAGUCUUUUUUAUUUGUUUAUGCUGAUGGAAAUAUU